AGAGCGCUUUACGACAGUUGCUUUGAGGCAGCACCGGAGGAGGAAGAUGGCGGCCGCCUUGGUAGCAGCUCGGGGAGUAGGGCCGGCACCGGCCUGGGGGCCGGAGGCCAUCACUCCAGACUGGGAAAACCGUGAAGUCUCAACGGGGACCACUAUCAUGGCCGUGCAAUUUGACGGGGGCGUGGUAUUGGGGGCGGACUCCAGAACAACCACUGGGUCAUACAUCGCCAAUCGAGUGACUGACAAGCUGACUCCUAUUCAUGAUCGAAUUUUCUGCUGCCGCUCAGGCUCAGCAGCUGAUACCCAAGCUGUAGCUGAUGCUGUCACUUACCAGCUUGGCUUCCACAGCAUUGAACUGAAUGAGCCUCCACUGGUGCACACAGCAGCCAGCCUCUUUAAAGAGAUGUGUUACCGAUACCGGGAAGACCUGAUGGCGGGAAUUAUUGUUGCUGGCUGGGAUCCUCAAGAAGGAGGGCAGGUCAGACCCUCUUCUCCUCCCCAACCCAUUCCUGUGUGA